AGCCUCUCACCUCUCACUCUCUCAGCUUCUCUUCCAAAGUUCCAGAUCCGGUGUUCGUGGGGCAGCGGCGUCCACAGGGCGACGACAUCCAGGCGUGGCGGGCGGUCAGCGGCGUCCCAGGGGGGGGGAGGGGGCGGCGGGUGACCACCGAUGGCGUCCACGGGCGGGCGACGGCGUUCUCGGGCGGGCAGCGGCAUUCCCGGGAGGGCGGCGUCAUCCAGGCGGCAGCGGCUCCAGUCGAUGAUUUGGCCGCUGCUGCUCGGGCGGGGCAGCGGGAGGAGGAGGAAGCAGGCAGCCAGCGGGUACCCGGUGGGUACCCGGGCGCCUAUCGGGUAUGAGUUCGGAUCAGAAAAAAAUGGAGAAGACAGAGCCCGUCCGGCUCCAGCUCCGGCGCCAGUGAGAGGGAAGAUCCGAGGGGAGAGCAAGGCGAGGAGAGCGAUGGGAUGGAGGCAGACGGAGCUCAUGUCGUCGGCGAGGAAGAUCCGAGGGGAGAGCAUGGCGGAGCUCAUGUCGUUGGCACCGCAGAACCGCUCGUCCCCGCUCACCUCUAGUGCAUGUCAAGACACCGGAGAAUGCACCAGCUACAAGCGUAUCAGAGGAGGAGUAGCGCAAGGAAUCACAAGCAGGCGUGCCGGAUAUGCUACAGGAUCCAGAUACAAGCUCGCGGGACAAACACACUAGCAGGCCGAACCGUAGGUGCAUUGGGCCGGACUGGGUUAACGACAUGUAGCCGCUGCUGCGCCAGCUGGCAGAGUGGGUGUGGUGCAUUGUUAAAUAGCUGGACGAAUCGGGAGAGAGGGCUUGGCUUGGAACACGGCGGUGGCCGAUCCGGUUGGAUGUGGCGUUGCUGUAUCGUGUUACA